CUCCGGCGGCUAAUACGAUUUUCUGAUCCGAGCAAUCUCAGUCCAAAGCUUGCCGAAUCUGAUAAUCUCUGGUGGCUGUAAGACUGGUGAAUUUUUUAUUACUCAGAAGGAAUGGCGAACAAGAUUGCAUUCUUUCUCUCUGAAGCAGUGAACAACAAUGCUGUAUUAAACACAUGUCUUGGAGUAUCCUUUGUGGUUUUGGGACUCAGAUCUCAUCAACAGCAAAUAUAUGUUGAAGCCUUAGCAGAGCAGAAAGUUUUGCUCUUUAAGUCUAAUAAGGAAAUCAAUGUCGCUAUGUGGGAGGGGAAACAGCUACUCUUUGCUGAAGCUGAUGCCCCUGAAGGUGUUGUUUCUUUGUCCACGCUUAAGGCCAUCUAUGGUGAAGUCACCACAACUACACAUUCUGGUCACAUAGUCAAGGAAGAGUCCAAAGUGUCUACACUCAAGAUCAUGAUUUGAGAGGUUGUUAAAUUCUUUGUAUACAGUAACCGAAGCUCCUAAAAUAAAGUCAGAUCAAGACCCUCUCUUGGGUUGAUUGUUUUUGUGAAGGCUUUUCAUGAAGGGUCGACCCAUAAUGAAACAAUCCAAUCUUCUUCUUUUUGGAGGAAGUCGACAAGAGUAGUGCUCACAGUUUAGAAGCUCUCCAGGUGUUUCUAUAAACAUUUAUGCAAGCAAUUGUUGAACAUUUGCAACGUCUUGAGUGGCUUAGUUUACGCGGCAGAAACAUCAAGAGAGUAACACAUGUCCCGCACAGCGUAACGCAUCUAGACCUAACCACCUAAGCAAUAAUGGUAUAGAGGCGAUUCCAGAGUGUGUCA